GGGACAGCUCAGCAACUCAGCAGGUCGCCAGACUGCCUCACGUUCAUGUGUAGUGCUGAGAUCAAACGCUGUGAAUGUCAGGGAAAGCAUAGCCUUUGUAUGAGACGGAAGGGUAUGUCGCUUUAAGCGGGCGAACAUAUGUUAACAUGAUCGGCUAAUCGUCUUGCAGGGCACAGUGUGUUGCACCAGUAAAGAAUGAGGGGACUUUGACAGUGACAGGACUCCCUGCUGUGAUGUGCGUGUGUUAUGAUGGAGGCAUCUUGUCUGGAGCUGGCUUUGGAAGGAGAGAGGCUUUGUAAAGCAGGAGACUUUAAAGGUGGGACAGCCUUCUUUGAGGCUGCCGUUCAGGUGGGGACCGAAGAUCUAAAGACCCUGAGUGCCAUUUACAGCCAGCUGGGCAAUGCAUACUUCUACCUCAAAGAGUACGGCAAGGCUCUUGAGUACCACCGACAUGAUCUCACGCUGGCCAGGACAAUAGGAGACAGGAUAGGGGAGGGGAAAGCGAGCGGGAACCUGGGCAACACUCUGAAGGUCCUUGGACGCUACGAUGAAGCGGCCGUGUGUUGUCAGAGACACCUGGACAUCUCCCAGGAGCAAGGAGACAAGGUUGGAGAGGCCAGGGCUCUGUAUAACAUCGGUAAUGUUUUCCAUGCUAAAGGAAAGCAGCAGCUGUGGGGCUGCUCGCAGGAGCCUGGAGACCUGCCGGCCGACGUUAGAGACACCCUGCAGAGAGCUACUGCUUUCUACGAAAUGAACCUCUCGUUGGUGAAAGAGUUAGGGGACCGGGCGGCCCAGGGCCGGGCUUUCGGUAACCUUGGCAACACCCACUACCUGCUGGGUAAUUUUGUCGAGGCCAUCAAGUUCCACCGGGAGAGACUUUCCAUCGCCAAGGAAUUCGGUGAUAAGGCAGCGGAACGGAGAGCGUACAGCAAUCUUGGCAAUGCGCUCAUUUUCUUGGGCCAGUUCACCUCUGCAACGGAGUACUACAGGAAGACGCUGCAGCUGUCCCGGCAGCUGAAGGACCAGGUGAUGGAGGCACAGGCGUGUUAUAGUCUGGGGAACACCUACACACUGCUGCAGCAGUAUGACCGUGCCAUCGACUACCACCUCAAACACCUGCUCAUCGCACAGGAGCUCAACGACAGGGUCGGGGAAGGCCGUGCGUGCUGGAGUCUGGGAAAUGCCUACGUGUCUUUAGGAAACCACAGACAGGCCCUGCACUAUGCCCGUAAACACCUCGACAUCUCAAGAGAGAUCGGGGACAGGAAUGGAGAGCUGACGGCCAGGAUGAACGUGGAGCAGCUGAUGGAGGCUCUUGGGGUGAAAGAGGGGGAUCUUUCUCCUUGCGGUUCAGAGUUUGAGAUGCAAGGAGCCAGGCCAAAGUUCACCAAAAGGAACAGCAUGGACAGUGUUGACCUUUGGAAGUACAGUUCUGAAAAGAAUGGAGAUGGACAGGAUAUGGACGGCAUGUCCAGAAGGUCUAAAAGUCAGAUGUCUCAGUCCAGCCGGAGGAAGGGCUAUUCAGACAGCCAGUCGUCAGACGACAGACAGUGGCUGGACUCGCCUGUGGACAUGGAUGACAUCACUGUGCAAGUGCCACCUCCGAAGCUGGGUCGCGACCCCUCAGAUGAAGACUGCUUCUUUGAUCUGCUCAGCAAGUUCCAGAGCAGCCGCAUGGAUGACCAGCGCUGCCACCUCGACGAGGGAGCAAACGGACAGGAUGCAAGCGGUUCCUCCAGAGACUCCGCCCUCAACGACAUGCUCGAAGCCAGCCUCCUCACCUCUCCUCAGACGGAGGAACUCUUUGACCUGAUUGCGAGCUCUCAGAGCCGGCGGCUGGAUGACCAGCGGGUGAGUGUCAGCAACCUACCAGGUCUGAGGAUCACCCACAAUAACCUGGGCCACCUCUGCGCCGACCCCGACCCACAAGAGCCCAGCGACGACUUCUUCAACAUGCUCAUCAAGUGCCAGUCCUCCAGAAUAGACGACCAGCGCUGCUCUCCUCCCGAGGGGGGCCCGCGAGCCCCCACCGUCCCAGACGAAGACUUCUUCAGCCUGAUCCAGAGGGUCCAGGCCAAAAGGAUGGACGAACAGCGCGUCCAGCUGCCCUCAGACAACCAGGGCCAGAGUGACCAGCAGGAUGAAGAUGACCCUGCUGCUGGAGACUCCAGCUAAGCAGGUCCAGCUGAGGAGGGACGAAGAAAGCGAGAGAACUGAGCCUAAAACUGCAAAAGCCAGGACUGAAUGAUGGAGGGAUGGAUUUCAAUCACGACUAUGUUCUCUCGAGCCGACGAGAGGAGCUCUGAAGUACGCUUCGGCGAGACGGCGACGUGCAUUUGCCAACUUUAAGUGUGCACCUGGUGAUCAAAUAGCAUUGAGUGUUAGCGUUAGCAUUGAGCCUCACUGGGUGCACCAUUCUAAAUGCACCUUAUGUGACUUAUCAGCCACAAACGACCAGCAACGAUUGCUCAAAUGCUAAGUGAUUUUCAUUGAACUGCCCAUGCGCCAUUAGCCUACUUCUGGGCUAGUAUUGAAGUGGGGACUAGCUAGCGGCUAGCGGCUAACUACUGAGAUCUAUCCCACGUUUCUGAAACAUCGCUAUUGCUAAAGUCUCCAAAUCUCUGGUUUGGAAGUGCCACAGGACUUUUAUCAUGUUCCUCUUGCAUAUACUGCCUUAAUUCAAUUCACGGACUCCGAUUGUAUUCUCUAGUGCUGGAUACUCUCUUUGCGAGUGCGUUUCAAAGAAGCUUCAUUUCGUUUCGGACGACAGUGUUACUAUUCCAGAGGCCGUGGCAUGUUCAGUCUCAGUGUUAGGUAGCUGCUAUCUUCACCCCUUUUUUGAAACCAGAAUACAUUUCGAACUCAGCAUUGUUGUUUAUUGUACUGUUCAUUAUCCACCCAACGCCAUCAUUGUAAAAACCUCAUUAGGAAUAGGGCUGUUUUUUCUGCUUUCAUUUUCUUUUUUAUGUUAAGGAUCAUGUAAAGUGUGUAUUUAUUGCAAUGGUUAAAAAAAGACUGACAUUAGCAAAGACUGUGAAUAAUCGACAGUUUAAAAUAUAGAAUAAUUAUGGCAGACAGGGCCACAUAAAACGAUGCAACAACCAUGCUCGAGAAAUCUUAUAUAAAUAAGCUCCUGCAAGAGCGACCCAGUCUAACUGCAUCAGUGUUGUUUCAUAAGUGAUGCUUUUACAAAGUGGUCCACUGAUGCAGUUGAGUAAUAUCGACAGGCCGCUUAACAUGCUAGUUGUGAUCGGUUGCUAGCUUGUUUUCUGCUGUUGGUCUGAUUUCAGUUCAGCUGUUGAAGGGGAAUUUCACCUCUUUUUUUAAAUUUCUUCUGAAUUGUCAACCUGAACAGUCAUUCAGGGUGGUUUGGUGUGAAGUGGUUCAUUUUAGAAGCUCUGAUUUCUUUACAGUAGUGGUGAUAGGAACCAGGGGUCGCCAUGACUACAAUACAAAUGUAGACAUUUUUUAAUCUAAUUUUUAUAUCUAAUGCUGAUGAUGGUAAACUAGAUCCGAAAAAAAAAGUUUGGGACUAUUUGGGGACUGUUUUGCCUCACAACGGCCUGCAUGUACCACUCCGCCAUGAAUAUGAUUUAAAAAGUACUUUUAGGCCAAAAUCUAGUCAGACAUCAGGCAGCGUAUUCAUAACCAUUUCAUGCGAGGAAGCUUUUAGAGGUGGACGUCUGGUUCCUAUCACCACCACUGUGAACAAUUCCCACUCUUAAGUUUCUCCAGACCGGAGCAUUUCACACCAAACCACUCUGAAUGACUCUGUUUACAUCUUAACCGUUUAAUUAUAAACAUUUAAUUUAAUUGUUGUUGAAAAUUUGGUGGAUGUCCCCUUUAAGCCCAGUUCCCACUUAUCUGACAGAGGCAAAACAAAGAGUUUUAGUAUAUUGUAGACUGUGGUUCUCAAAACAAUCACUAAAACCCGGCAUCCACUCUGAAACAGCAGUUAAAGAGUAAAUUUUUUGAAAUACAAGAUGAUAAAAUGCACCAUUGUUCAGUAAAUAAUUUAAUUUAUGAUUAAAAUUUAUCACAAUAAAUACUUUUUCCACCAAAAAAUGUGGGCUAGGGAUGCAAACAACCACAUUAAGGCCCACUACAAAGCAAAUUUUUACUUUGGAGCAUUAAAGGCCCAAGGAAAAUCAUAUUUUUCUCAAUUUAAUCAAAUUGGAGUUUGAAGCCAAUUCAAAAUUCAGCUUUUAUGAUGUCACAAAAACGAACAUGUUAAUGUAUAUCCACCUAUUCAGCCCACAGCAGUUUAGCCCCCCCCAUUCACACUGAAGUUAUUAAGAAGUGUUUCAGCAAGUACUGUUUUUUUGAAUGAAGUGCAAUACAUGGCAGCCAAUCAGAACAGAGGUGAUUUACAUGUGUCAGUCUUAAAGGCCCAGUCUGUUUAAUUAUAACUAAACAGAUGGCGUCUCUUCAGUGAUAAACUCUGUAAAAAUGAUUUUUAUAAAAUAAUACAAAGAGCGUCCAAGAUUUUUGGCUUUCAGCAGUAAAUUGUAAGCAUAUAGCAAUAUGUGUAUGAUCAUAAAACACGUUCUGUAAAUCUGAGGGGAGCUUUUACAAUAAAUAAAUAAAUAAAAUAAAAAAUUACAUUUAUUUCAUGCAGUUACUGAAUAAUCUCCCUUAUGAUUUAGUCAUGUAAAUUCAAAUGGACAAACCAAAAUAUACCCUGGAGAAUAAUUAAACUGCCAGCAUCUGAUCCUGAUCCAAGUCUUAAAACAUUCUAAAACAGUUUUGUCUGGUGGGAUGAGAGCGAACUGGGCUUUAAGCGCAUUGAAACUCCGCUGACUGUUACACCUGGAACAGCCCAACAGUGAGUGAGUGCACUGCCACCUUGCGGUUAUGAGUGUCCGAGUCAGCUGCCGGUUUUAUUGGCCUCCUUUCUGGAGCAGUGCUGAAAUACUUGCUCUGAGAUGUACGAGAUUCAAGCACUUUUUAAUGAUGUAAAUGCAAGAAAAUUGCUGUGUAGAUGUAGUCAUUCAGUUUUUUAGGCUUACUUUAACUGUUUAAUUUGUUUUUCCCCGUAAACUGAUGUUAGUGCCUAGUGUGAAUAUGGACAGUCAUCUUUUAGUCGCUGCAUUUUAGGCCCCAGUUGCAUUCAGUGGACCUACAGAGACAGAAUUAUUAUGCAUAAUAUUAUAUAUUAUACUAAGGACACCUUAAAGGCAUCCAUAACUGUACACCUUACAGACAUAUAACAGUUGAGUAAGUUUACACAUUACUGAAGCCCGAUUAGUUUAGCUUAAAAAAAAUAAAUUUUAAAUUUUAUUGACUACAUUUUACGUAAGCCUGUUAUGAUUUAAGAAGUAUAACUGGUAACUCUUUAGCGCAGGGCAAACAUAAGUACAAAACAAGAAAGCUUUUUGCUCUUUCUCUGGCUGAAGUAUAAGCUGUAAUUUUUCCAUUCCUAAUGAAUCAUUUCAACACUUAAUAUAAUUAAUAUAUGAUACUCUAACAGGAGAUCCGGUACGCUUUUGAAAGGUCACUGCCAUAAUGUCCAUUUUUGUAUUUAUUUUCUGUUUGUGGACAUGCACGUCCACUUGUUUUAAUAAAACAUUGAUGAAACAUUA